AAGAGGGGUGCCAGGAAGCAGGUUCGAUCGAUGCAGCCAAUGCACCUGGAUCUACCGAGUCUCGAUUUCCGACGUGCGAGAGCAUUGCAAGUGUCUUUAUGGAGAGGCCACCAACUGGCGCCAGUCCCCGGCUCUAUUGGUGUUUUCAUCAUCUACACUGUCUCUCAAAUCGAUACCCUUCUGACAGACCCCGGUCGGCACACCCUUGUCGCCUUUUGCAAGUACUGGCACUCAGCUCUUUAGUGUCGUUUUCAUUGAAAGUCUUCAAUAUACUCUGCGUGCAGUCUGUUAGGGAGUCUCCUCGCUCAGUAGAGUGCCAGUAUGGGAGCAGCACAACUUGUCCAGCAGCCUUGUCUGUUUCAUGGCCAUGCGUCGAUGUCCGUGGCUUGCUAUUGGUACAGUCUCAGCCCCAGUCAACGUGGGAUGCGGGCCAUCACCUUGACUACCGCAGAUAUGGGGUGGGGGGGCUGAGGUAGGUUGAUCUGGUAUAUGAAUACAUCUCGGGAGCCAUCUUUGUGGGAUCUUGGAUCAAUACCGAACGAUUGGCACCCCUCCAUUUUCCAUCCCAGUUGCACAUCAACUCAGCCCAAAUCUUUCAUGACCUUCCACUAAUACAACAAACACCUUUGAUCUUCGACUUUGUGAACAUACCGCAACAUACCGCAACUUGACUGCCUCAACUGCUUCUGGUCAUCCACGAGCCUCGUUUUUUU